AUGAAAUCUAUCAUUGCGCGUCAAAUUUUUGACAGUCGUGGCAAUCCCACUGUUGAGGUCGAUUUGACAACUAAUAAGGGCUUCUUCCGUGCAGCUGUACCCAGUGGUGCCUCAACAGGCAUUCAUGAGGCGCUGGAAUUGCGAGAUGGCGAUAAGUUUGCCUACCGUGGUCUGGGUGUUUCCAAGGCUGUGGAUAACAUCAAUCGCAUAAUCGGUCCAGCUCUCUGUCAACGCAAUUUCGCUAUGGCAAAUCAGGAGGAAAUUGACAUGUUUAUGGUAAAAGAACUUGAUGGUACAGAGAAUAAGAGUAAGCUAGGAGCCAAUGCAAUCCUCGGCGUCUCUUUGGCUGUUGCCAAGGCUGGAGCUGCUGAGAAGAAUGUGCCACUCUAUAGACACUUUGCAGACCUUGCUGGAAAUCGUGAUAUCAUCCUUCCUGUGCCCUCAUUCAACGUACUCAAUGGAGGCAGUCAUGCUGGAAACAAGCUGGCAGUUCAGGAGUUCAUGAUUAUGCCAACAGGAGCAACUUCAUUUAAAGAAGCCAUGAAAAUGGGUAGUGAAACCUACCAUGCCCUAAGGGCAGUUAUCAAGAAUAAGUAUGGACUGGACGCCUGUAAUGUAGGCGAUGAAGGCGGGUUUGCGCCUAGUAUUCAGGACAAUUUUGAAGCAUUGGAACUUUUAAGGGAGGCUAUUGAGUCGGCAGGAUAUACAGGGAGGAUAAAGAUUUGUAUGGACGUAGCGGCAUCUGAGUUUUACAAAGAUGGCUUGUACGAUCUAGACUUCAAGAACCCUGAAUCUAAGAGGGAGGACUGGAUCCAUUCUGAGAAAAUGAUUGACAUGUUGAAUUCAAUGGUUGACAAGUAUCCCAUUGUCAGUAUUGAAGAUCCCUUUGAUCAGGACGAUUGGAAUGCAUGGAUCAACUACACAAGUGAAGCGGGUAUUCAGGUGGUCGGAGACGACCUUACUGUCACCAAUCCAGUUCGAGUGCAAAAGGCCAUAGACACAAAAGCCUGCAAUGGACUUCUACUAAAGGUGAACCAAAUCGGCACCGUGACUGAAGCCAUCAAAGCCUGCAACAUGGCCAGACAAGCAGGAUGGGGAGUUAUGGUGUCGCACAGAUCAGGUGAGACAGAAGAUUGCACGAUAGCGGACCUUGUUGUGGGCCUUAGAACGGGCCAAAUAAAGACAGGGGCACCAUGCCGUUCCGAACGCUUAGCAAAGUACAAUCAACUGCUGAGAAUUGAAGAAGAACUCGGCUUGGCAGCCAAAUUUGCUGGAGAAAAUUUCCGCCAUCCUUAG